CUCACGCGCCGCCGCUAACUCAAUCUCUUCUCAGCUCAAACCGCCGCCGCAGAAAUCCUCCGUGUUCUCCAGAUUCUCCUUCCGGUGGCCGGGUGGAGCAGCAGCAACGACAACCGGUAAUAGCCGGUACAAGGGUUUGGCACUCGACGACGCCGUUUUGGACGAGAGAGAUUCGAGAAAAGAAGAAAAGGCCAUUCCAGAUGAAGAAAACGAAGGAGAAGAAGGGGAAGGGCAAAACGGUAAUAAUUGGGUUCUCAAGAUCCUGGACGUGAGGUCCACGUGGAAGAGAAGAAACGAAGAAGAGUGCGUGGGGAACAAGGAAGAAGAUGAAAAAGACGAAGAUGAUGACGAUGAUGACGAUGAAGAAGAUGACGACGUUUGUGAUGUUUGCAGGGUUGAUAAUGAUGAUGAAGAAGAAUUAGCGAAUGUUGAAUUCGAUAGACACUCGUUUUCGAGAAUGCUAAGGAAAGUGUCGUUAACGGAGGCAAGGGUAUACGCACAGAUGUCACAUUUGGGAAAUUUGGCUUACAAUAUUCCCAAUAUCAAGCCAGGGAAACUCUUGAAACAUUAUGGUCUGCGUUUUAUAACUUCCUCCAUAGAGAAGAGGGAACUGGCGGCAGCAGCAGCUGCUGAGAAAAAUCCUCCGGAAGAGGAAGGAAUUAAAAAGGAAGAUGAGCAAAGAAAGGAGCAGAAGAAUGGCGGAUACAGGAUAAGUGCGUCUGCUGCUUUUAACAUUGCUGCCUCUGCUGCCUCCUAUCUGCAUGCUCAGACACGGAGCAUACUUCCAUUCAAAUCUUCAAAUCAUGCGGCCAGUCAAGAUUCGCCUGAAGGAAUGAAGAAAAGUGUUGACAUUGGCAUGACGGAUGCAGAGAUGGCAUCUUUGAUGGCAACAACUGAUUCAGUGACAGCUGUGGUUGCGGCAAAAGAGGAGGUAAAGCAGGCUGUUGCAGAUGAUCUAAACUCAACGCAUUCAUCACCUUGUGAAUGGUUCAUCUGUGAUAAUGACCAAAGCCACACAAGAUAUUUUGUUAUUCAGGGUUCUGAGACAUUGGCAUCAUGGCAAGCAAACCUACUUUUCGAGCCAAUUCAAUUUGAGGGUUUGGAUUUCCUUGUGCAUAGAGGGAUAUAUGAGGCUGCUAAAGGGAUGUAUCAACAGAUGCUACCAGAAGUUCAUGCUCACUUGAAGGCUCAUGGUUCCCGUGCAAAUUUCCGCUUCACCGGUCAUUCUCUUGGGGGAAGCUUAGCAUUACUUAUAAAUCUAAUGCUCUUGAUAAGGAAGGAAGUUCCAUUGUCCUCUCUGCUUCCUGUGAUAACAUUCGGCUCCCCAUGCAUCUUGUGCGGAGGUGAUAGUCUGCUAAAGAAGCUAGGAUUGCCUCGGAGUCAUGUUCAGGCUAUCAUGAUGCACAGAGACAUAGUUCCUCGAGCAUUUUCGUGCAAAUACCCCAACCAUGUUGCGGAACUAUUAAAAGCUGUUAAUGGAAAUUUCCGUCAUCAUCCUUGUCUCAAUAACCAAAAGCUGCUAUAUGCACCAAUGGGCGAACUUCUGAUUCUACAGCCAGAUGAGAAAUUUUCACCAAGCCAUCAUCUCUUGCCUUCAGGCAGUGGUCUAUAUCUCUUGAGUUGUCCUUUGUCCGAAUCCAACAACACAGACAAGCAUCUUCGCGCCGCAAAGCUUGUAUUCCUGAACUCACCUCAUCCACUAGAGAUACUGAGUGAUCGAUCCGCGUAUGGAUCUGGGGGAUCCAUACAGCGAGAUCAUGACAUGAACUCGUAUUUAAGGUCAGUGAGAUCUGUUAUCCGCCAAGAACUCAGCCAGAUCCGAAGGUCAAGGAGAGAGCAACGUCGCAAGGUGUGGUGGUCUCUCGUGUUACCGGACCGGGGAAUUGACAGUGGCAGCAUUGUUGUUGGGAGGUCCAUGGUAUCGGUGAACUUGGGAGAGAACCAGUCCCCUUUCUCAGGCAUUUUCCAAACUGGAAGAGAGUCAUUGAAAAGGUUCAGUAGGCUAGUUGCAUCACAACACAUGCACUUGUUUGUGGUACUUUUGUUCCCUGCAAGGUUGCUACUAUUAGGGGCAUUCAACGUGAUUAGGUUCAGAUAAAUUAAUAGAACAUUCAUUAUUUGUUUUUGGGGACAAUUCACAGUUGUAUAGCUAGAGGGCACAUGGGUAGGGCAGUUAGGUGAUUCUUUAUUCAUUGACGUUUCAUAAAAGAAAUGUCUUCAUCGUCACGUCAAAAGUCCCAAAAAAAAAAAGAAAGAAAGAAAGAAAGAAAGAAAGGUCUUGAUUGUGUCUCAUGAAAAAAAGGUACUUGUAAAAUAUUGCUCAAAUAUAAAACUCACAAAUCCAAUUGGUUUAUUAUUUA